UGUCUCACUCAAGCGACUAUUCUCGCCUGCAAAUGGUGGCAUUGCCUCGUCAAACUAAUCAUUUUUUUUACUCGUUAAUAAUUCAAUCCUCUCCCCAAUCAAAUCAAAACAACUUUUAAAAGUCCACCCUCGAGCUUCCAUGACUCAUUAAUAAUAACAGGCAAUAUUUGAACCAUUGAAUUGUGUAAAAAGCUGAGAUGAAACUCCUUAAAAAGUAUUUACCGGGGGAUAAGGUAUUCGCCAAAGUUCGAGGUUACCCACCGUGGCCAGCAAGAGUCGAAGGUGUGACAGACCCCAACACAAAAAAUGCCAAAUACAAAGUGUUUUUCUAUGGAACUGGCGAAACAGCUGUGUGCAAGGUUGAGGAGUUGUUUCUUUAUGAGGAAAAUAAGGAUAAGUACGGUAAACACCUCAAAAGGAAGAUAUUCCACGAGGGACUUCAACAAUUGGAACGAGAGCUUAAUAACGACCAGGGAAAGCCAGAGACGGUGACUCCCAAGAAAGAAGCGGUCGUUGAUACGCCUGAGAAGGAGAGCAGGCCGACCCCGGAAGUACCAUCGAAUGUUGGACUCGACAGUGAUCUAGAAACAGGGCCAUUGAUAAUUGAUGAGGGUGAUAAGAAAAAGCAGCUAAAAAGGAAAUCAUUAGCUACGCCCAUUAUCACCUCGCAAGAUUCCCCUGAGCCUAAGAAGAAACGAGGUCGUGGCAAGGGCUGGUACACAGCGGACAACACGCCCAAACCCGAGACAAAUGACUCCCUGAUCGAGGACUCUAAUAAAGAAGUAGUAAGCCGCAGUGGUCGGAAAAUUAAGCCUAAACGUUUCGCGGAUUUCUCCUCAUCCGACGAAUUCGACAUGGAGAAUUUCGCCCGGGGUCGAGGCCGAAGCAAAGCCGAUGAGACUCUGGAGGCGACCCCCACCCCGGCGAUACCCAGAAAGCGUGUCAGUCUGGAUAACGAAAAGAAAGAGGAGAAGAAGGUCUCCCCCAAAGAAGAGAACCUCAAUGAGCAAAAAUCCAAGCUCAAAUGGUUACGACUUGAGAACCAACUUCUACAAUUAGACGCUCAGAUAAAAUCCAAUCUAGGAUUGGAUCGAGCCAACACUGAUGAAUGUCUGGAGGGUAUGGAGGAGAUGCUGGGUCUCUCAAUCGAGCCCUUGAUGCUCAAGAAACAUCCCCACGUAGUGGAAACAGUCAAGAGAUUAAGGAGAUACAUUGGAAACGUAGCAGAGUGGAAAUUCACAGAAGACCAAAUGUUUUCUUUCAAACAAAAAUCAGAAAUGAUAAGACAAAAGGCCGAGAACAUCUACAACAAGUUCAAGGCCCUCUUCGUUGUCCCCGAUGGAUAUUCCUUCUGGCAAGCGUUCUCAGACCAAGUUGACGAGUUCAAAGCGGCCACUAACGACAUGCAAGAGGAAAAAGUCUUUGCUCUUAUGGUAGAUCCCACAAUUACAGAUUCACAGGAGCCAAAAAAUGAUCCAUCCAAUGAUAAAAUCACUGAUGCAACGAUGGAUGUCGACCAGGAUACGUCGUCAACGACGUAUACAACGUCCAAGUAACAUUUAUCAUUGACUCCGUGUCCCUCAUGUUCAAAUCAUUCAUCAUUUGAUAAUAAAAAACGUCGCACUAAUAAAUUCACUGACAAUCGAAUGCCUGAGUGAAUUUUUUUUUAGUGAUUUGAUUAUCCAAUUAUUCGCGGUGUUAAUGUGAUUGUUGUUGAUGACGGUGUGUAUAUCAGGUGGAAAAUUUGAGAGAUGUCAUUUUGCAUGAUCAAGGACGGUGACGUAGAGUAGAAAAAGCAAAAUGAAAUCGAUAACGGUAUUGUUUUUGAUUUUGUCGAGAUACUUGUGUUGAUAUUCGGAGAAGCUCCGUGUUUUCGUUUCGAGUUUAACUCUGAUCUUUUAAGUUUUUUCCUUAUGUUCCAUUCUAUUUGGAUAUUUAAAUAUUUCGUUUGGUUUCAAUAUUUAUCGGGGGUUAAAUUUGGCCCUUUUUUCCAUUUAUUAGAGAUUUUUCAUUUAAAGGAGAACAAUGGUUCCAGUUUCAGCUUAAUGAGAUAAUUUCAUUAAAUGACCCAUUGUGAGGGAUCGCCUUAAGAUUCUGGAAUUUUUGAAACUACAAACCCAAAUUUCGGGAGAUAAAUGUGAACGAUGGGUCAGAGCCCAUUGUAAAAUGAAUAAAUUUUGUAGUCAACCAUACAGAACAUGAGGAAUAUCGAGAGAUCAUUGAGAAAAUGAUGAAAAAAAAAAUAAAUUACAUUAUAUUUUUGGUAAUCGAAAUUUAUGAAAUUUCAAUGUGUAAUCUUUAAUUAAUAGAGCCUUGAGGUAGAACAUGAUUUUAGUUUGAACUUCACAAUGUAAGAAAUAUAGUUUAAGGACCAUUCGUAAUAAAUAGGCUGUGGAGUUUA